GGGAAUCGCGGGGCCGCGGCUUUUGUCCGCCGGCGGGGAGAGGGGGCGGGGGCUGCGCCGCCGUUACCGUCAGACCGGGCCCCGUUACUGUCAGACUGGGGCUCCCCUCGCCCUUGGGCAACGCCGCCCGCUUCCGCCGUUGGGCAACGCCGGCCGGGGGCAGGAGCGGCCGGGCCCUUUAACGGGCGGGGCCGGGGCGGAGCCGCCGCCACCUCCCCGUUCUCCACGACGGCUCUGGGACUGGCGGAGCCCGCUACCGGGCCGGCGCGCAGCUCCCACCGAUCCAGAGCCGCCUCCGCCCCCGCUCGGCGGUGCCAGCGCCCGGUCAGAUGCUUCCAUCGGUUGUGAAGAAGAGAAGUGGAGUCAGGACUUGCUGAUCUGCUUGUGCUCCGGACCAUGGACUCUCUGAGGGUGCCCCAGGUGUGAAAAUGUCCAGCAGUAACCGGGACUUAGUGAUUGACUUUGUUUCCUACAAGCUCUCGCAGGUGGGAUACAGCUGGAGUCAGCUGAUGGAGGAGGAUGAGAACAGGACUGUCUUUGCGGCGGAGGAGGCCGAGAUGGACGGCGUCCUCAAUGGGAGCCCCUCCUGGCACCCGCCCGCCAGCCACGUUGUGAACGGAGCCGCCUUGCACCGGAGCAGCCUCGAAGACCAUGAAAUUGUCGGAGAGGCUGAUGUGAGGCAGGCGCUGCGAGAGGCGGGGGAUGAGUUUGAGCUGAGGUACCGGCGGGCUUUCAGCGACCUCACUUCCCAGCUCCACAUCACACCCGCCACGGCGUACCAGAGCUUUGAGCAGGUAGUGAACGAACUCUUCCGCGAUGGAGUGAACUGGGGUCGCAUCGUGGCUUUCUUUUCCUUCGGAGGAGCCUUGUGCGUGGAGAGCGUUGGCAAGGAGAUGCGGGUAUUGGUGGGACGCAUUGUGUCUUGGAUGACCACAUACUUGACCGACCACCUAGAUCCCUGGAUCCAGGAGAAUGGCGGAUGGGAGCAGUUUGUGCACCUCUACGGGAACAAUGCUGCAGCCAAGGUGAGGAAGGGCCAGGAGACCUUCAACAAAUGGCUCCUGACUGGGGCGACGGUGGCCGGAGUGCUUCUGCUGGGAUCCCUGCUGAGCCGCAAGUGACCGCCGCCAUGUCCCCCAGCGCCGGGACGGCUGUGCCCUCACCACCACAUUCACUACACUCCGCUCCCGAGCACUGUCACCGGCGCGGGGGAGGCAGCCCCUCCGCCUCCUGCUCCACGGAGCUUCCUCCCUCGUGCCGACAGCUCCUUUUAUUCGUAGCCCCUGUUAUUUACUGUUCCGUUGUGUUUUAAAGGCGCUGAGACCAAUGCCGCACUUCAGCUGGCGGCUCCCGGCGCUGGGGAGCUCCCAGCAGCUGGGGCCGUGCUCGCUGUAAGGCACCCAACCCCCCAGGGUCCUCUAGAUCACUUUGAAGAGAAUAAACAGACUUAUUUUUGCAUGUGUGAGUGCGUGCGUGUGUGUAGAUGUGUCACUAAUAUAAGGUUCCCCAGCCAGAGCAAGGGUCCAGGCUCCGUGUCCCCAUCUCUGGCCCUGGGAGGAGGCAGGAUACCCAACAGGAUGGAGCUGGGCUUUGCCGUCCCUGCAGCAUCCCUUUCCUAUCCCUGCUUCCUCCAGGCAGAGCUCAUCCCUGAGCUGCAAGGAAGAGGCAGAAGCCAGGAUGAGAAGCUCUGCCUUCAGCCCCAUUGCCCCUUUCUCUCCUUGGGUGCGAGGAUGGUGUGGGAAGGGAUCCUCCUCCUCUUCCUCCUCCUCCCUCUGAAUGUAGGUUGUGUGGGGCAGCGUGCAUCUCACCCUACGCCCGAUUCCCCAGGCGGCAAACAGGGAGGCAGGUGAGGGGGAAAGCGCUUGCCCCUGCCCCAAGGGGCUUUUCCGGAGAGCCGGGGCCAUAGCAUCCAGGAAUAAAGAGCUGGGGGUGGAAGGGGCAGGAGGGAACAAUGCUAGGGGCCCCAAUGUGGCUGGUCCAUGGAACCAGUAUGGCCAAGAGCCAUCCUGGCCACCAUGAAGCCUCUUUGGGAACAGCAGGAGCCACUGGCCUCUCCCAUGCUUCCCAUCGCUGCCAGUCCCCGUAGUACAGGCAAAUCCCUGUCCCCGUGGCGUGGCUGUGAUGGAUGUGUGCAGUGGCAGAGGUUGCCUGGCUUCCCCCCGUCCUUCCCCAUCCUGCUGCUGGGGCCCGGAAUCUCCAGGCUUCGAGCUGAAAUUUAGCUUCCAAAAACAAAAGAAUAACCACCCUCAUCCUUCGGAGACCACCAGCUCUUUAGGCGGGCUUGUCCGUUGUGUCCAUCGCGCCCGCGCUGUGCUGUACAGAUCCGAGUAGGUUUUAAUUCCUUUGUGAAUACUCUUUAAUCCUAUUUUUGUUAUCUCGUCUGUCCGUAUUUAUGUGUGGGGCCGUGCUCCCUGCAGAGGCCAAGGUGGGAUGGAGGCAGAGUAGGGGGGAUCUGGAUGCUCCCAAGGGUCCCGUCUGGCUGCUGAGCACGGGCUCGUGUUCCAAGCGUAGGAUCUGCUCACGGCGCCUGUGGUGACGGGAGCGAAUCCUACGCGUGGAACACGAGGAUUUAGCAUUAGCCCAUCAAACGCUUUGGUUUGCAGGUGCAGGGUGAGUCCACUAAUAAACUCUUUGUCAUUGGA